UUGUUUACGUUACGCUUGAUUGACAGCGGGCUGAAUGUACAUUCAUUGAACUCAUAGUGGGCGUAUUCGACUUCACGUGGCGCUGCCUGCGCAGACCCAUCAGCGUUUGACAUAGAGUAUCGCGAGAGUGGCACUUUCGACUCUCUGUCGCGGUACUUCGAUGCCAUACGCCGAUUGGUCUGCGCAGCGCCGCGUGAAGACGAACGUAUAGCUUAAUAGCCGCGCCCCCCGCCCAAUCGCUGAAGAGCACGAAAAAAACACGCCUGGUUUGGUAUAAAUGCAGCCCGCAGAAGCAGGUUCACACGCUACACGCGCGAGAAUAAUCAGAAAGUGCGGCUCUUUUUACGGCCAUAAAUAACUGUAUAUUAUUUGUUUAUACUGUACUAUGGGAAAAGAAAGUAUCUGGUUGCUGGUUAUUGGACUUUCUUUUAUUGCGAGCGAACCGAUCUCUAACUCUACUGGAGCUCACUUUACAAGUAACUCCACUGAAGAAGUGGACUACAGUCAUAUUGAGUCCAAGUUCUCUAUCAGAAAUGCAGAAUUCCCUGACGAGGAUCUUUGCUCCCUGAUCCCGGGAAAACGGGAGUCCCUUUCCGACUGUCACUUCAGGACUGAUGUCCAAACCUUUUUGAUCAUCCAUGGAUGGUCGGUUGCCGGACUGUUUGAAAGCUGGAUCUAUAAACUUGUGACGGCUCUGUUCGAGCGUGAGCCCGAUGCUAAUGUCAUUGUGGUGGACUGGCUGGACCGGGCCAGUAAUCAUUACCCCACAUCAGCAGAAAACACCAGACUGGUGGGAGAAGAUGUGGCCAAGUUUGUCAACUGGUUGGAGGAGUUAGACUAUCCACUAGAGAAGGUGCAUCUUUUGGGCUACAGUCUUGGUGCACACGUGGCGGGCGUCGCAGGAAACCUCACAAACAACAAAAUUAACAGAAUUACAGGUCUGGACCCAGCAGGUCCCAGUUUUGAGAAUGCCGACAGUCUUCGGCGUUUGUCACCUGAUGAUGCCACUUUUGUCGAUGUCCUUCACACAAACACCAGAGGAUCGCCGGACUUCAGCAUUGGGAUCCAGAAACCCGUGGGUCACGUGGACAUCUACCCAAACGGUGGAACCUUCCAACCGGGCUGCAGCAUUCAAAAUACAAUGAAGCUCAUUGCCACCUACGGCAUCUACAACAUGGACCAGAUUGUCAAAUGCUCUCACGAGCGCUCCGUGCACCUGUUCAUCGACUCGCUGGUGAACCAAGAACAUGAGAGUUUUGCGUACCGCUGCAGCUCCAGAGAUGCCUUUAACAAGGGACUGUGCCUGAGCUGCCGCAAAAACCGCUGCAACAAACUGGGCUACAACGUCAACAAAAUCCGCACCACCCGGAGCGCAAAGAUGUACCUCAAAACGCGGGACAUGAUGCCUUUCAAGGUUUUUCAUUACCAGAUGAAGGUGCAUGUGUUCCGCAGCACAAACAUGACUUUACUGGAGCAGCCAAUGAAAGUGUCUCUCUUCGGCACGACCGAUGAGAGAGAUGAUAUUACCAUCACUGUUCCCAUCAUGAUGACCAACAGCACCAUCUCAUUCCUGGUGACGUCAGAUAAGGACAUCGGUGAGCUGCUGAUGGUGAAGCUCCAGUGGGAGAAGGACUCGUAUCUCUCCGGCUUCUUCAGCACCAAUGAGUUCAUGAUUCGCCAGAUGAGGAUUAAAUCAGGAGAAACGCAAGCAAAGGUGAUAUUUAGACCUAAAGAGGGUGAGUUUGGUUUGCUGACUCAGGGCGGAGACUCUGUUAUCUUUGUGAAAUCGAAUGAAAGCCCGCAGCACAGGAGAGAGCAGAGGCAGCACAGACUGAAGCAUCAUGGAAGUUUCUUUAAACAGGGUGUCAACGAAGCAACUGCAGAUAUGACAAAAGACAAACUGAUAUUUGAAACGACAGUGAUCACGGCAGAAGUCACUACAAAGCCAAACCCAAAUUCAUGAGAUUAUAGUUAAGAUCUGUGUGCUGGCGGUUUAGGGAAUUUUUAUGGUAUUUAGAUUUUUUUUGAUUGAAUUUCAUAAACCGGCCUCUACAAAUGUACAAGUUAUGAUUUUCAUAUAACUGUAUACCAGUAAUCUUUCAAAAUAAUGCAAUAUAUCUUAAUGGUCCUGUUGGCAUAUUUAUUCGACAGUAUGUUUAGUAAUGGUCAAAACAUACAGCUGGACAUUAUUUAGUAAAACAUUAUUUAGCAUUAAUCCAAGUUGAGUUCAGUAUUUUAACUGAAUGAAAGGUGUAAAGAUGAAAUUUGUGUCUAAAUUCUAAUUUAAACUCAAAGGGCUAGUCCUAGACUAAAAUAAAUCUUAGAGCUGUCCAAACUGAUAACAACUUGUACUAACAUAUCUUAAAAUACAUCAGUGCCAUUGUGUUGUCUCAAAAUGCAUACAAGUAAUGUUUUUAGUGUGACAUGUUUGUUAAAAUCACUUAAAUUUCAUAAUUAAACUAAGGUCUAGUCGUGGUUUAAAUUAAUCCCUAGUUACAGUAUAUUAGUUGUUUGUAUGAAUGAUAAUAUUUUCUUUUUUAAUGGUGCAUACGCAACAAGAUUAUAGGCAGUAAACUACAACCAGUACAAAAUGACAUAAAAUUCCAAUCAGAAAUUCAAAAUUACUGAUUUAGUUUUUCCCUUUUUUGAAAUGAAUUGUAAUAUAGUAUGUUUUAAGUAAAUAUUGUGUUUCAAAUGAAGUACCAUUAGUUUGUACAGACAUUUGAUUAAUACAUAUAUUAAUACAAAUGAGUCCUUAGAAUUUACCCUGGCACAUCAAGUGCCUAAGUUUUUAUUUGAGCACAAAGUCACUUGUAAAGCGCAAAUAAAAUGCUUGUGAAACAUGAAGCUCACAAAUGUUCAUCUCUUCUUUUUUCUCUAUUGUCAUCCGACAAAUGACACGUGAAAAGCAUCUUGU